AUGGAGGAAGGCGAAGAAAUAACACUGAUGCCUUACGACGAUGGUCUGGGCGGCGGUGAUGGCAGCAACGAACAGAUCCAGGAAUCCCACAAACCCGGCGUGCCUGGAGAAGUUGGCGGAACUUUACUACCAGAUGACGGGGACGGGAUAAAUGUGGAUGAGCCAUUCCACGAUGAGCAAGGAAAAGGAGAAACACUUCCUGAUGAUGAGGCAGACGAACCCGAACACGGUGAACAUGAAUUACCACCACCAUCAAUGGACGACAAGACGAAACACCAGGAGCCUGAACCAGUAGCAGAGACAGAUGACAAGCCAGAACCAGGGGAUGGUGAGGUACCACCACCAAACUUGGACGAAAAACCUGAACCUGUGGAGCCGGAAUCACAAGAAUCAUCUGAUAACAGACCAGAACCUCAAGAGCCUGGGUUACCACCACCCGCAACUGACAAAGCAGGACCCGAGGAAUCGGAUCAACCUCCAGCUCUGAGCGGCAAACAAAAACGGGAGGAACCGCUGGAACCGGAAUGGUCAGGGGCGCGCCCGUCACCUCCACAUCCUGCGCCAGUACCGGAUCGUCCCUCACCGGCAUUGCCGCAAACAAUCCCAGACCAGCCGUAUCAGCCACAGCCACCACCUGGUCAGCCUUUUCCACCAGAACCACGACCCGCGACCGACUUGCCCGGUCUCCCCCGUUCGCAGCCGUGUGAUCCGCAAAAGCCCGGAGCAUAUCAUAUUAUUGCGACGGGCAUGAAUCCGGAUAUGCAGCAGUACGCAAUAUCGCUAGCUGGACAAGCUCUUGCUCAGUGA